AUGUUAAACGGACAGGUUGGCGUAGCCCAAGCGAUUUACGAUAAUCAAGCCGAAUGGCCUGACGAAUUAGCAUUUGAGCGAGGCGAAAUUUUACGCGUUCUGAACGAACGACCUUGUACGAAUAGUGGAGUAGGAAUUAAUACUGGUUGGUGGUGUUGCAUUAAUAAAAACGGUAGACGCGGUAUUGCACCAGCGAAUCGUCUCCGAAUGCUUCAUCGAUUCGAUCAGAACACUUCAUCUCAGGAAUCGAUCUCAUCACCGUUUAUUAAUAGCAACAGUAUUAGCAAUAAUAGACGACGGUUCAUGUUUAGUAGUAACGGAAAAUUAUCAACACCGUUUAUCGAUGAAAAUGAUUCAUUGGAUGAUGUUACAUCAUCGUUCACCAAUGAAUUCAUUAGUUCGCCCACAUCUGAUUCAGGUUUAUUAUUCGACCGUAUAUUUCCUUUCUCACCAUUGGAACGCUACAAGGAUACUUCUUUGCGCCAUAUGUCUAAUGGUACCUUUGGUUCGCCACCAUAUGGCGGCGUUGUGCGAAAUAUUCCGAUUAAAGUGGAAAGUGCAUCUUUAAAUGAUAAUGGUAAUAAUUUCGAUAAGACAAAGUGUAAUACGCUUAUUUUUCCAAGUAAUCGCCAUUAUAACAAUGACCUGUCCACUUCAACACUUCCCUAUUAUCGCGCGAAAUUCGAAAGGUCAUCCAACCACUAUCCUAUGAUGAUGACCUUCUGUGUAUACAUUGAUUUGGGUACAUUUUUGCAAUUCUUAUUGAAUUGA